AAAAUCUGAUAAAAGUAUUUGGCACCACUUUAUAUCUUAUCGUUAUCGAUAAGUCGUUAUCUAGUUCAAUCGUAAUCAUUCUUACAGCAAUAAAGCCAAUAACGAGCAGUUUUUCCUUCAUUCGACACAACUUCACUAAAAUGGCCUCAACUUUGUCGUCCACCCCUCCAAAAGGCAGCGUGCGAAACAUAAUUUCCAUCUUCGAGAACCAAACAGUCGCCGUGAACAGCGAACCCACCUUCCUGAUCCGACGGGCAAGGUCCAUGGGAAGCUUAGCCCCGAAACCCACCGUCAUCCAGCGAACCGUCGAGCGAAUCGAACCGGAAAACAAUCUUGAACUGGCCCAAAUUGAGCAACAAGUUCGUCACUUACAAAACAACUUGAGCAACAAUUAUAGAACCUACUCACGAGAAAACCACAUCUACUACCAAAACCAAAUUAUUUUCAUUUUGACUGACUUGGGGAAUGUAGAAACGAAGAACAACCCUACAACCAUCGAAGACAAGUCGGAGUUAACCGAAGUACUGAAAAGACUGAGCAAAAAGCUAAACGCGCUACUUCCGUCUGGCGAGACGGCCGUGGUGACGACUACGACGAAGUACGACAAGUAUGGAAUGAAGGCCAGAACGGACUCGUUCGACGAAGAUGUCGUCGUCACGACCAGUAGAGUCCACAAAUUUGGCGCAAAGUCAAACUCGUUCGAAGAAAAACGCGAAAUCAAAAUGAACAAGAAGGAACCAGUUGCGGAGAGAGCUGAAGAGAGAGUUGUGGUGAAGAGAGUGGAAGAGGUGCAGAAGACGGAAGACGACGUCGACUCUCCUGCGGUUUCAGUAAGGAACUUGAAGGAACUGUUUGAGAAGAACACGAAUGAGGGUGAAGGGAAAACUGAGUUUGGAAUGACGAAAAUAUCGAGGAAGUUCAUGACUUUUAAUAGCACCUCUGAUUUGAAGUACGUGCCUUAUAGUCAAAAAUUCAAGACGAAUUUGGAUGUGGAGUUCCGGGGGCGAGAGUCCUUGAAGAAGGAGAAUUCAUUGGAUGUUAAUGGAACUCUCGAUAUUGAAGAUACGUCUUCUUCGCAACAGAUACAACUUAAGUCGGACGAUGAAGACAAGCCUGGAGAUAUGUCCCCGGAUUCUUUUGACGGUUCAGGAAACAAUUCCAGCAGUGAGGGUUCCGAUAGUGAACAGACCGCUAAGGAGUACUUGGAUGACGAUUUUCAGUUAAAUUCAUCCAGGAAAGGUGUGUUUAAAGUAAUAUUUUCCGGUUACCAUCUUAUAUUAUGUAAGUUAUUUAUCUUUAUGUUUGCGUUGUAUCUUUGUCGUUUUGAUUCUUUCGACCUGUUACUGGAUAUUUAAGAAUCCUUGAAAAUUCCAUGUAAGCAUCACAUGAUCCAAAAUAAAUAAAGUCUGUUUUCAAUAUUGA